AAGUCACUGAGUCAACUCGGUAGUUUUUUAACCAUAUCUAUGGAGUGGUAUUUAUAUUGUCUUUUUUCACAAAAAAAGUAGGUACGCGAUAAGUAAGACAUUGAAAGAAACAUCAAGGUGCAUAGAAUUGUGAAUACAGAUGUCGGUUAUGGAAGCAAGAAACACGAGAAGCUGAAAGUACAGAACGUGUCAGAAGAAAGAACCCACUUCAAAGUCACUUUUGGUGUUUUCUCGACUGGAUCACUGGAUCACAAGAUAUUUAUCGUCCAGCGAUGACUGCCAAAGAAUCAGAUUUAAUUAACAACAAUAACUAUCCCAAGUUAUCCUCAGGCUAUUACAACUACGGUUUCGAUAAAACAGAUGUGGAGAAAGAUUGUCGCAAGCAAUCAUUAAAAGAGGUCGAACAGCAAGAAACAAUAUUUAAAUCUGAGAAAUGGUACAGUAUAUUGGCACAAGUCAGUAUACCUUUCUUCAUAGCUGGAAUUGGUACUAUCGGUGCCGGUACCGUCUUAGCAACUGUUACAACAUACAAAGUAUUUGCUGAUAUAAGGGCUCUAUACGUGUUAGUACCAGCUUUAUUAGGAUUAAAGGGUAAUUUAGAUAUGUGUCUUUCAUCAAGACUCUCCACUCAUGCUAACUUAGGAAAUAUGGAAGACAGAAAAGAAAUCUUCAGAAUGGUGAUCGGAAAUAUCGUCUUAGUACAGAUUCAAGCUAUAGUAUGCUCCUGCAUAGUUUCUUUAUUUGCAACUGGAGUAUCAGCUGCUGUUAAUGGAAGCUUUAAUUGGAAUCAUACGUUAUUAUUAGCGACAGCUAGUACGUUAACAGCAACAAUGUCGUGUUUUGUUUUAGAUAUAGUAUUGGUAACUGUGAUCAUAUUAUCCCAUAAAUUGAAACUCAAUCCAGAUAAUUUAGCCACACCGUUAGCGGCAAGUAUCGGUGAUUUGGUUUCUUUAAUGGUACUGUCAUCGUGGGCACGAAUACUAUAUAAAAUUCACGACACUUAUCCUUGGCUUAUGCUAGUGAUUCUGAUAGGAUAUAUUUCAAUACUACUCCCUGUUUGGAUUUCAGUGGUUAAGAAGAAUAAGUAUACCAAAGAUAUCUUGACCCAAGGAUGGGUGCCUGUGAUAACAGCUUUAUUAAUUAGUGGAUGCGGUGGUUUGAUAUUAGAUAUAGGAGUGGAUAAGUUUAGAGGUUAUACCAUUUUUCAGCCAAUAAUAAAUGGUAUAGGAGGAAAUUUGGUGUCAGUUCAGGUUAGUCGAACUUCCACGAUGCUUCACCAGACAGCAGUUUUUGGAGAAAUACCACCUAUAACAAAGCAGUGGGUUUUACCAUGGACAGCGUUGAUUAAAGGAGUACAACCUGCCAAAGCAGCACGUUUACUACUCCUUUUAUCCGUGCCUGGUCAUACUAUCUUCGUUUACGGCGCCGAUUUCUUCUACAAUGGAAAAUCAACCAUCACAUCAAUAUUUGUUAUCACUUACCUUCUUGUGGGAUUAAUACAGCUUGUUAUACUUCUAUAUGGUUGUCAUCUUUUAGUCCACACUAUGUGGAGGUACAAAAAAGAUCCUGAUAAUGCUGCGAUUCCUUAUCUGACUGCAGCGGGAGAUCUUAGCGGAUCUGGUUUACUUCUACUAGGAUUCAUGUUUCUAAAAAGUAUUAACUGCGAAUAUCGUCCAGUGGUCUGAAGAAAAGAAUCAUUAUUCACUCUAAUACUCAAUAAUUUAUGAAAUUGGUUUCAACAAUUCAUAAAAAUGAUCAUUUAAUAUUAAGUCAUGGUAAAUUUUAAUAAUGACAUAAAGAAUAUUCAAGUCAUUAUACUAUGAUUCCCAGCUGGCGUUAAAAUGAAAAGCCAUGGAUUGAAUUAGACAAGAAAACAAUAUAUAUAACUAUCAUUGAUCGUCAGUAAGAUCUAACCAAGGUUUCAAAGGUAUAGCGUAUCUCUUAGCUUUUCUAUUAAGAGAUAUAUCACUUAGUGAUUCAGAGUUGUCAUAAAAAAUAAUUCAAUUAUUUAUACCCAAAAUGUUAUAUUGCGGUUAAUCUAUAUAAAUUAUGCUUCAACGAUGGAAUAAAUAGUGAACAAGUUCACUAGUUUCCAGUGAAUUUAAUAAAUCUGGAUCCAUGUGACGAAGUUUAUAUACAGAGUAUUUCAAGAAGAAUUAUCCGAUUUGGAAGAGUCCUAACUAUACAUUUUUGAAGCCGAUAUGACUGAAUAUAUUAUUAGAAAAAGGUUUCCUCUAUAUAUUAGUUGCGCACUUCUAUCAACAUCCAGCUUAAUAGUUGUCAAAAUGGGGAAGAUAAUUAGAUCGUCCAAGUGUGUUAAAUGGAAACAUCCACUCCACGUGCUGAUAGGUAACAUUCCUAGGACAUCCAUUUGUCGUGUUUUGCGCCGAAGUUUUCUUAUAAAACAAUACAAGUGUUAACUGCUACUUACUUUGCAUGAAGGCUGCGUGUUAAUUUAUAUGAGUUUAUCCAAAGCUAGCUGGUGGAAAAUAAGGAUUUGUGACGAGGCAGCUUUCCAUUUAAGUGAGAAAGUAAAGCGAUACACAAUGUGAGAGUGUGGAGAGCCAAGCAGCCACACUUAAUUCUACAGCAAAAUUUUCCAAAAGUAUUUGUUUUUUGUGCAAUCUCACGAAAUCAAGUUUAUGUUACCAAAAAUACUGAUUUCAUUACCACUACACCAAUACUCUCAAUUAAAAUGUCUGACGCACGUUUCAAUAGUGUGCAUAAGUAUGGAUAUUAACAACAAUUUGUCAUGGGGAUUUAAAGAAGACACUGUUUAUACUCCUCUCCUUCCAAUAACAUUGGUAUUAGAAAAUAUGAUCCAAUAAAAUCGGAAGAAUUUUUCGAAACAUCCCGUAGUUUGUUCGUUAAUAGUACUUUACUGGCUUCGCUCGGAAAGUUGUUAUGAAAUUGUGUAGUAAUUGGAAUAAAAGGUUAAAUUUUAAGCGUUUCUCACGGUGCUUAUUCGAUGGGAACGUACUCUGCGCUUUAACGCUGCUUUUUAUUUUCACCCUUUUGCUUCAGAAUUGACAAGAUCUUAUCGUUUAGGUAUUGUAUCAGUAUGAAUUAUUGUUUUCAAUCAAAAAUUCUGCUAAUUUCUCUUCAUACACUUUAUUUUAUUUAUGUCAAGUAUUACUUUAUUUACUCACACUUCAUUUGAUUAAUUCAUUUCUAACACUUAAUGAUAAAAAACUGACAAUCACUGCAUUACAUACCCCAAUGGGUACCUCCAUCUAAAAGGACAUAAUAUAAGAUUCCAGAUGCUCUACUAUGAUUUAAUAAUCACGUCAUUCGGGUAAAAAUGGUAAUCAUCUUUGGGAAUUAAAAAUGUACAACAUUUUAAAAUUCUUUAGAAUAUCGUGACAUGCCCUUGAAUAUUUUUGAAAGUUCUUGAAAACUCCAGAAGACUAAACGUUCAGCUUUUUCAACUUGAAAUACACGUAGUUCGGGUAUAAACGCGAACCUUCUCCAUGGAUUCGAAAUAGACAACAAUCCAGAGGGGUUUUGAAUGUUAGAAAGAAUCUCGAACCCUUUCGAAUGUUCUGAACUGUUCUAUACAAUUCUAAAUGACAAAAAUUCCAGCCCUCGUAUCUUAAAGAGUACUUCCUUCGAGUGAAAAACAGGUCGGGAAAGAAAAAGUUACUACACCCCAUAAUUCCCUUGAUGCUUCUUAAUAGUUGAAGUGUUUACACGUGCACGCUUUCGGAAUUUGAUUCCAGCGCGUGUUGUACAGAGGGCGUCCGCGUACUUUACAAAGGUCAUCAGAAGGUUCAAUAUAUAUGAGCUACUUUUUACGUACGCUUCUGUGAAAUCAUCCCCUGCCAGCGAAGUGUCAGAAAUUCAGUUGCAUAAAUGAACGUAUUUGCCAUAACUUUGUAAUGAAUUUUUCUUCUAGGGUAAUUUUCUCUCGAUGUUCUAGAAUCACUCAUGAUAUUAAUCUUCAUGAUUAUUUAAUAGUUCGUUAUACGAUUUUAUUCGUACUUACUCAAUCCUAAAGCCUUUCUAUCUUUUCAGGGGUAAGGCACUUGAAGUUGAGUCUUUACGUGGACUCCUUUUUCUACAGCAAUUUCCAUUCUCUACUACCUUUUGUUCAAUUUCCUACCAUCUUAUUCCACGAUUUUCCCUUGGUACCUUAAUUUCUUCUGUCCAUCUCUUACUUGGUCUUCCUAGCUUUUUUUGUAUGAACUUUAUUCUUCAUAUAUCCUCCCAUUCUCAUAACACGGCCAAACUAUAUCUAUUGUUUCUUCUAUUUUGUUUUGAAUUGGUUUUAAAUUAAAAUUUUCUCUGAUAGUGUUAUUUCUCAUUUUGUCGUAUCUUGAUUCAUUAUGUGUUUUCUUCGGAAAUCUUAUUUCUGUAUUUUAAUUUUUUGUUUCUGUGUGAGUCUCCAUGUCUCAGAUCCAAAUGUUAGUAUGGGUGUGGCUACUUUGUUAUAUAUUUCUGUUUUUAUUUGCUUUGGUAUUUCCUUUUUGACUAGAAACUGUAUCUUAAUUGCAUUGAAAAACUUUUCCAUUCUUCCAUUUUGUGUUAGUAUCGUCCCAAGGUAUUUGAAGCUUUCGAUCUACUCCUUGUUUGAUUUUCCUAGUUUUAUCUUAAGUGUCGUCUCCUUUCGGCUUAUCAUCAUUGAUGUGCUCGUUUAUUUUCAUAUUCAUUAUCUGUAGACUAUCAUUGUAUAUUUUUAAGUUUGCGUCCAAUGUUUUAUGCCGUUAUCACCAUCUCAUCUAUAUGGUAUCUUCGAUAUUUUAAUGUCUUUCAUUUUCCAAUGUCCGACUUUAUACUGUUUAAUUUGUCUUUCUGUUCUUCUUAUUACCACUUCUAACACUAUGUUUAAUAAUAAUAGGCUCAAUAAACAUCUAUACUUUACUCCUUCUGUUGUUUCGAACAAAGUUGGUACUUCUUACCUAACUCUAGCAUAGAUUUUCGUAUGUUUAUAUAAAGCCUUCACUCAGUUCAUUAGUUUUCCUUCUAUACCUCUGUUUUCUAGGAUUUCCCAUAUGUCAGUCUUAUUGACUCUGUCGAAUGCUUUCUCAAAAUUUAUAAGACAUAGGUAUAUCUCUCUGUCUUCUCUUAUUGCUUUUUGAGUUAUUUGUCUAACUAUGAAAUUUGCAUCUGUUGUUCCUCAGUUUGUUGUAAAUCCUUGUUGUGAGUCUUCUAUGGUUUUUUCUAGAUCAUCUCAUAUUCUUUUUUAUAUUAUUCUCGUAUAUAUCUUGCUGACUGUACUUUCUAAAAUGAUUCCUCUAUAAUUGUAACACUUGCCAAUCUUUUGGCGCUUCUCCGUUGUCAUAUAUUUUGUUCAGUAUGAUUUUUAGUGUCUCUAUUAUUUCUAUUUUUUCCGCUUGUAUCAUGGUUGUCGUUAUUUGUUCUAUUCUUGACACCUUUUUCAGUUUUAGUUUCUGUAUUGUCUGUUGUAUCUCUUUUAAACAUAUUUCAUCUUUAGUUGUUUAUCUCAUUUAUUUUUAUCUCUAAAAUAUUGUGGGUAUCCAUCUUUUCAUGAUUUAAUCUUCAUUUGUUAUAUCUCCUCUUGUAUACUUUAUAUUGAUGAGUCAGUUCUUAUUAUCAUAAUUUCUACUUCUUCUGUUCUUUUCAAUAACAACAAAGAAUAGUAUUUGAUUUUCCUUGUAAGCGUUAGUCAUCUCCUCUCCAAAUUCUCACCAUGAUUUUAGUUUUUGUUCUUUAACUAAUGUCUUAACUUUUGUGCUUCGUUUUUUGUACUUUGCAUAGUUUGAUUGUGCUUUAGAAGUUUUUUUGUCUCUUUUUAAUUGCAUCUUUUUUGGUCUCCAUUGCAUAUAGGUACCAGUAAAAUAAUUCACAUUGUUUUAAAUUUUCAAUACAAUAUCACGAGUCCAUCUUUAAAUAUUAGAUGCAACCGAAAUUCUCUUCUCCUCUUGCCAUCGUUUUCUGUAGCGAAUGAGGUAAAUUCAAAGUAUGUACUUUACUUAAUAUUUGGGUUCCUCACCACUUACCAAAUAUUCUGUUUGACUAAAUAUUUUGUUUGACUAAGAUGAUUGAAUCGUAUAAAAAAAAAGUUUUUUCCGAAGUUGGAUUUUCAUUUUGUUAUUAAACCUUUGUAAUGUUAAACCCUAUUCUGUACUGAAUCAGUACUAUGGGUACUAAAUAAUUUCACUUUCAAGACAAGGUAUUAUCUCAAGUGAGCAUCAAUAUGUAAUACUAAGAUAAUGGUCGCAUUCAGCUACUGCUACCUAUCGGUAACGAUCAGGAACACGUUGAGCAAUCGCUGCCAAGACUCAAAACAGAGGCUAUUUUGGUUGCUUCUAUUGAAUUUAACAAGCGUAACAUUAAAUGGUGAAUGUUGUGGUACUUUGUCUAGUUCUUUUUCAAAAAAUUAUGAGGUGUAUUCAUCAAUCACCAAUUUUUAUAUGUAUAUAAAAUAUUAUAAUUAUAAUUCAAAACGAAAUUAUAGAGAAUAAACUUGACGUUUGAGCAUAUAACACUGUCGAUUUAGAAAUUUCACUCCCGUUACCUAGCACUAAUUAAAAGCGCUCCAAAACAUGGCGUCCGCUUCAGAACGUGUUGAGUUUGUAGCGUAUGUGUCACCGAGCGAUUCCGCUAAGGUUAGGUACAGAUAACAGGAACAGGUAAGGGAAACCGAGGUAAAAUUCCAGUCGGGAAAAAGGAUCCUCCAAAAAUUUCUCAUGACAUCUUUCAUUCUAGUAAAUGGCAACGUUGCCAAUUGAUCGUUUUUAACAAGUGGUCACGUACAAAAAUGAAAUAUAUUAACAAAUUAACAAGAUGUGGAAAACAAGAGACAAAAUGGAAAUGUAGAAAUGAUAAAAUGAGGAGGCUGAACUGGAAUCAGAAUCAGAUUGUGAGAAGUAUAUUGAUUGACGAUGCUCUGUGGUGGGACAUACUCAUGGUCUGCGAGUGAAAAGGAUUGGGUUCGUUGCAUGACGCCUGAUCGAAUGGGAUGAAAUUGAAUGUGAACACUGUACUUAUGAUCCAUUAGUAAAAAAGGUAUUUCGUAGAUUGAGAUCCACAAUAGAUGAGUAUAUUAUUUAUCGUUUGGAAUCACUGCAAUCAUAUCUUAUUAUAACUGUGAUUUUCUAAAAGUAAUUAGCAGUCACAUUACUUUUCGAUUUUAUUUUUGGAGGUAUUUCGAUAAAGUAUCGUGGUUUUAAUCAUAAAUGAUUAUCUUUACUUACACAUACUAUAACCAUACACCAAAUAAUAUACGCUCUCAAUUAUUAUUAUUCAAACCUUAAGUGAUCAUUUUGCCCUGGCCUUCUUAAUCGCAUUAUAUUAUUAUUUAUCUAUAUGCAUUGAAUACAUUUAUAUUAAGACUAGGUUCACUACCGGUCAAAAGUUUUGCCCGCCCUAUAGUUUGUUUGAUUCAAAAACAAUAAAACAAACCGAUCGAUUUUUAUUUUAUAUUUCAAACAUAAAUAAAUAAGAACAUAGUUACGAUGAACUACAGUCUGUAAUUGUUUUAUAUUUGAAUGUUUGAUUCAUCGUUGUAACUUCCUUUUUUUAUUGUUUCGGUGAACAAUUUUGGCAUUCUCUGUAACAGUUUCGACAAACAAUCGUUGUGUCGGAAUGUGAACACUGCUUCCAGACUUUCCUCCCCAAUUUGUCCCUCAAUAACUCAAUUGGGUGAAGUCGGCUGACUGUGCCGGCCAACUCAUGACUUCAGUACAUUCUCCCUUUCCAAUUUCUUAAAAUAGUCUUUGCACAUGUUCAUGAAAUGCUUGUUUCGUUAUCAAGAUGUAAAAUAAAUUUUCUGCUGAUCAGGCGUUGGCCAGAACGUGCUACAUUCUCCUUUAAUAUUUUUUUAGCCUCCUUUCUUUGAAAUCUCUACUCAAGGAUCUAACAUCCGUUCUUUCGUUGAUCUGCGCACAAACACUCUUCUCUUAGACCCAAAAACCUCAUACUUCAACUCAUCACUCCAUAAAAUUCUCUCCCACUCUUCGUAUGCCAAAUUUUUAAGUUCAUUAGCCCACUGCAACCUCUUAUUCUAUUUUGAUAUCUUCAAAGAGGUUUUUUCACUGUCAUUUUUUCAAUCUCCUAUUCACUAUGGACGUUCUUAAAGGCAGAUCCCUAGAUUCAUUGAUCUGAGCUGCUAUCUCUGUGCCCGUGAGUCGUCGAUCAUGUUUACUUAUCAAUUCAAUACGUUUAUCUCUAGCAGUUAUGGUCUUUUGAGGCCCUCCUGAAAGUUUUAUAUUGCCGACACUUCUAGUGGAUGCAUAUUUUUUAACGUUGUAGUCGACGAUACGUGGACGUAUUUUUAAUUGGGCAGCUAUGGUACGGUUACUUUUGUCUCGCGAUUAAUGCACGAGUUUCAACUGAUAGUUACAUGGUUUUACCCACUUAAAUACUUACAAGUCUGGAUUUUUGGAAAAUCAGUUCGUGAACGAACUCCACAAUAAGAUGUUUUGGUCCAAAAAGCAUAAAUCGCAACACGUACUUGCUUCUCACGGCUGUCUCUAACCAAACUACUACCAAAGAAAUCAUCCGAAACUUGCAAGUUUUAACUUGUCGCACUCACCGACAGAAUAUAUAAACAUACGUUCGUAUAAACGAACACUAUUAUUUUUCGUUUGGUUUGGUUUAGACCCCCUUGUUUUAUAAUAUCAAAGAGAAAUUGUGUAGAAGUGUAUUAUUUUGGAAUUCAAUAAAUGGAUUAUGGAUAGGGCAAAGACUUUUGACCAGUAGUGUAUAUUGUAUUGGCUCUAUUAAUAACAGUGUGUCUGUUUUGUAUUUUCCUGAAAAACAUAAUCAUUGUGAUAGUUUUUGUAAGAAAAUUUCAUGUAUACAUAUUUAAUCAAUAAAAUAUAUCUCAAACAUUGAAA